ACGAUCUCUCUUCGGAAGAAAUGUAUUUUAUGGUUGCAGUAUGUCAACGAUAAACUGCUAGAUAUCGAUCAAAACACAGUAUGUUUGAAUUCUGUGUUACUUUGUUAAAGAUAUGUAACUCAACACAAGCCCUGUAUUAAACCAGUUGAACGUACGAGAUUUUAUUAUUAUUAUUUAGUGCGACAAGGAAGUCUACAACAGCAAGCUGCAAGUAGCUGUUUAAUAUAUACGUCAAGCCAUGCUUGAAAGUUGAAGCUGACGGUGCUGUUGUGUAAAAGGAAUGAUAGAUUGCAGAGUUUUGGAUCCGAUUGACGGUGAUUAUGGAUAAUACUAAUAGUGUUUAAAAUUAUUUAAGACACUGGGUUUAGUGCAUACGCAGUUUGUGGAUUCACGACAUCCUAAGUUCAAGAAAAGUUUUGUAAUAUUUAGGCCACAAGUAUAUUUAUGAUUUAAACUUAAAGCUCGAAAUUUCAGAAAGAUUUGUUCAAGUUAUUGAAUUGGGCUGUAUUUAUACUACGACUUUAAUAUUUUUAAUAUUCAUCCAGUUCUUCUCUUCAUACAGAGAACUGAAAAAAGAAGAAAACUAUUACGAGAUAAUUAGCUUUAGGUGAAAUUUAAAGAUGGCUUUUUACACUUGAAAGAAAAUUACUAUUUGUACUAUUAGUAUUACUAGACAGCUACAUCAAAUCACCAUGGAAACAACUGUGGAAAAGGAUUGCAGCGCUCUCGGCGGACUUUUUCAGUUGAUUAUAACUGAUUUAAAGGGUGGAACUCCAGUAUGGGAAGAUUUCAUAGGAAAGGCCAUAAAACUUCAUUCACAGUUAAGGAAUACAAUCUUAGCUUCAUCAGUGUUUUUGGACUCUUUUCAAAGGGUGGCUGAUAUGGCAACUGGCACCAAAGGAGCUACAAGGGACAUAGGGACAGCUCUAACCAGACUGUGUUUACGACAUAGAAGUGUGGAAGCAAGGCUUAAAACCUUCACAAGUGCACUCAUGGACUGUUUGGUUAUACCUCUUCAAAACAAAUUGGAAGAAUGGAAGAAAACAGCUACACAACUUGACAAGGAACAUACUAAAGAAUACAAAAGGUCUAGACAAGAGAUCAAGAAGAAAUCUACAGACACCCUGAGGUUACAGAAGAAGGCACGCAAAGUGUCGGGGAAGUGUGAAGUCCAACAAACCUUGGACUCAGCUUUGCAGGAUGUGAAUGAUAAAUGUUUGCUAUUGGAAGAAACUGAAAAACAAGCUGUGAGACGAGCUAUGAUUGAAGAACGAAGUCGAUACUGUUUGUUUAUUAGCUAUCUAAAACCUGUUGUGGAGGAAGAACUUUGCAUGAUUCAAGAGAUUACCCAUGUCCAGGAGGUACUGGAGACCCUCUUAAAGAAUUCUUCUGACCCCUACAACUUACCACAAGCCAGUGAACAGGUGAUUAAUGAUGUCAAGGGAUCUGAAGGCACUUGGAGUUUCCAGACACCUCCUAGCUCACCUAGUUCUAUUGGAUCUCGAAAAUCCAGCAUGUGUAGCAUUAGUAGUCUGAACAGUUCAUCUAGUGGAAGUACCAAAUCUCAUUCCCCUUCACAUCAUUUUCGACACCGAUCUCUUUCACAGGUUUGUGGGUUCACAGACAUCAGCAGCAGCUCCUCUAGUACCUCUAGUACACCCCCAUCACCUUACACUUCUGUAACUGCUACUUGGCCAAGUCAGCAAGAUACACACCAAGCUGGACAUACCACUCUUCCUCUAACGAAAAGUCAUAGACCACAUACUAUAUCAACAGCUUAUGAGAGAGCAGGACGUGUUAGGCCUACCCUUACAGUCCACACCUUUAAACCAUUAGGGCAGGAGCAGUUUUUGAGUUCUGCCAAUGACAGCACAGCCACUUCAGCUUCAACUUCAAAGAGUGGUUUGACUCAACUACAAGCUGAGAAGGAGAUGUUUACUGAGCAGUUACCACAAUUACCCAAACCACCUGUUCCUAAAAGGGGAGAAUCCUUCACAUAUAAGACACCAUCCAUUCCUGAGAAACCACUGUCCGUGAAAAAUAAAUGUACUUCAAUGUCAACAACACCAGGAGUUUGUACAGGGUUGGAAGAUGCUACAAGAGCUUCAUCACCACCAACUUAUGUCAACACCAGUGAACUUGCAGCCCUGGCCACAGCUAGAUCUUCCGAUGGCCCUAAGAAGAAAGAGCUUGCUGCUAUGAUAGCUCGUAGCUUCCACCAAUUGAAGGAACAGCACAGACCACUCAGUGGCACAGGACAUUAUCGUAGACAGAGUGAUACUACCAACAUCAUGUCAUCAUUUGUCGACAGCAAAACAUCUGAAGGUUCUUCAAGAUUUAAAGGACUAUCAGCAGAGUACAGUAGUCACACUUCAAGUCUGAGACGUUCAAGUUGUAAGACAAGUAGUAAACCUCCUCCUCCUGUUCGCCGAUCAUCUACUUUGUCUACACCAACUCACAGGAAAAGUUCUCUUGGAACUGGUAAAUCUUUUUCCUUUAGCUCACCAGUGUCAUCACCAAAGUCAGUAAGACAGCAAACACUUAGCAGAGAAAAAGUGAGCAAAUCAAGUUUUAUCAAAAUAUCUGGGAUGGAUGGAGAAGGUCUGACUUCACCAGAAGAAGACUUCAACACUUCUCGUGCUCGACUUAUACAGACAUUGAAUGCUAAGUUGUCCCAGCAACAGGAAACUUUUAAAGAUUCACAGUCAAAAGCUGAUUUUGGUAAUUGUUACAGAAAGACAUCAGAUACCCACCUAGAGGAGCUAACACUUGCUUUGGAACAACAAAGAGUUAGUGACUCCCCAUUAUACAGAAGAAAUUCUGCUGAAAAUACCAUUUUAUCAAAAACAAGUGUUUGUAAAAAUAAUACUUCUGGUAGAAUAAAUGAGACAAAAAAUCAUAAUUUAAGCUCUUCCAAAGAUAUGAUUUCUCACACUUCUUCCCACAAUUUGGAUUCUACUGGUCAUACAGAACCUUCUGACACACAUGGUAUCACCCUGACCCAGAAAGAGACAUUAGUUCAAAACUUUAGUGUUGCUCUUGCUAACAAGCAAAUAAAUUCCCUUCACAGUGUACCUUCUGACAACAGUUUCACAUCUAUUGAUCAUGAUGUCUUUCAAUUUGAUGUAUUGCCUCAACAACAUUCACCCUGUGAUCCUACCAGUGAAAGGGAAAAUCCCUUAAAGCAAAACUUCAUUGAGGCCUUAAAUGCCAAACUAGCACAAAAGCAAAAAACUGAGAAAAGAGGUUCUAUUCAGGGACAGGUUCACCCUAAGGGUUUAGAGACCCAUUCACCUCUACAUGCUGCAAGAUCUGAGAUGAUUCAACAACAGAAAAGUGAGAAACAAGGUUCAGUUCAAGGACAUGUCUUGAUAGAUAACCUUUCAACUGUACAUGAUGUGAGAUCUGAGAUGGUCCAACUGCAAAAAAGUGAGAAACGAGGUUCAGUUCAAGGGCAUUUCUCAAUUGAUGACCUUUCACCUCUACAUGCUGUGCAGUCUAACAUGGUUAAACAACGAAAAAGUGGGAAACAAAGCUCACUGCAGGCACAGGUUCAGCAUCAAACUGUAGAGAUCAAUCAACCUCAUCAUGCUAUGAUGUCUGACUUUUUCCAGGAAAAAGGUGAAAGAAAAAGUUCCUUGCAGGGACUAGUUCAUCAUGAAAGUACUGAAGACCAUUCACUCUGUCAUGUCAUUAGAGCUGGCACUGAUAUGCAAAAAAGAGAGACAACUAGAGCUUUUGGUGCUGGUCACCCAUCUCAGACAGAAGCUGCAGCUAGAGUUCACUACUGGUUGUCAAAACGUGGAUCUAUUGACCUAAACACAUGCCGAGAGUCCUUAAUGAAUCAGAUUCGACAGGGGACAGCACUGAAAAAAGUGCCAACCAAUGAUCGCUCGGCACCACGUUUUUCAUGACGCUUGCAUGUGGUUUUCAUCUGGCACAUCUAGCCAGACAAUUUUUUGUGUAGUAGUAGCUUAUUCUUUAUAUAAAUGUAAUUCCCCUUAGGAUCAGCAUGUUUCCUAGUGGUGGGGCAUCAUGCCAAAGCAGAAAUGCCAUGUUUUCUGCUUGACUUGCUCCUGCCGAAAUAGAAAACUCGCCUUUAUCUCAUUUUUCUCUUGAGCUCAAAUUAGAGGAUUAUGAUAAUUAACAAUUAGUAAAAUCCAGGUUCUUUUUAAACUUGUACUUGUAUAUUUAAUAAAAAUAAGGUUUUGUAUGGUUAGUUGUAUAGAUGAAAGCCACAUCUGUUGUAUCCAUAGCUCUCAAUCUGAAAAAACAAAAGAAAUUUUUAUCAUGUAAGAAUUUCUUCAGUCUUGUUUCAUGUUUCCAGUAAUGCUUCUAUACCAUAUAGAUGUAAUUUUUUAUUCUUCAUAAAAUGUUUAUUCAGUUAUAUUAUGUUCUUUUUAGAAUUUUUCUGGAUGACUGGACCUUUCUCUAUCAAAGUACAGAAGAAUAUUACUAAAUUUAACUAACUUUCAGAAAUGUUAAGGCUGUUCAAGUUAUUGUUUAUUGUUAACUGUCUUUUCUUAUAUGUCAUUUUUAUUUACUAAACUUUAAUAACAUUAUAAGAAUAUUCUUACACAAAGUUUUUAUACAUAUAAAGUAUUAGCUUUAUCUCAAUUAGUGCAAGCUGAUGAAGAGAUUUCCAUUAAGUAAAUUCUUUGUUUUUUUGUAAUAUGUAAGCAAAGGCUUCUAGUAAAUUAAAACUUAUCAAAAAGAGAACAUAAUAUUUAACAGCAUUGUGUUUUAGAAAAACUAAGCACAUAAAAAAUAAUUUGUUGGUGUUUUUUACUCUAUGACAUGGCUGGCAUGUUUACAUGCCAUAAUUCUGCAUGUACUGCUGUUGUAGAUGUAACUUUAACUAAUAAUGGCUUCGUAUUUCUGAAAUGCUCUUAACAGGAUAGACAUUGACUAGUUUCUUUUGUGCUUAUUCCCUUUCAUGUAUCCUACUAUAAACUUAAAGAAAAUAUAUAGAUAUAUGCCUGUUAUCUUUAAAAUAGUCAUAAGGCAGCAAAGUUAUUCAAAAAGAAUAUUGUUCAUUGUCAGAAAGGUUUGUGUUUAUACUGAAUGUAGAAAAAAUGAUCUAUAUAUAUAAGAAAUCUUGGGGCCUGAUAAGAUGAUAUUAGGCAGGAUCAAAAGAAAUAUUCUCUUACUGUGUACCAUUUGAGAGAGUGUUUGCCCAUUAUAUUACUUAAUAAUGAAAGUUUUCUUUAUUAAAAACAAAUUAAUUUACAUUCUGUAUACAUUUUGUAAUAAGUAAAGCAUUAUCUGCUACACCAAAACUUACAUUUAAUUAUUUAGUUUUAAGUUUAUAUCUUUUAACAGAACUAAUUUUCUAUAUAUUUUUCUUAUACAUAUAUUUGGCAAAACAUUAUUCAUUUUUUCACGGUUCUUAUGAGGGUCCUUAUAAAAAUUUUCUAAACAAAUGGUAAAUUAGAAAAUACAUUUUUAUCCCUAUUACUGUUUUUUAAAAUUUUCAUUGCUGACUGAAGGAUAGGAAUCAUUAUUUAAUGAAGAUGACAAACAACUUCAGAGAAAUGUUUAAUUACUUGUACCCGAUGUUUCGGCUUACGUCUUUAUCAAGAGUCUAUGAACGUAACAGGUUACCAAACUGAUUUUAAAUGACAGUAACCGAAAACGAUAUACAGCUACAACAAUAUAAUGGAAAAUUGUACGUGAUAUGAGUAUAGUCAAACAGUUUUGAGUCAUUGAUAAUAAAAAUAGAGAAAAUGAUAAGAAUAACAUAAAAAUAUAUAAAAUUAUAAUGAUAAAAUUAAUAAUAAUGAUAAAAUGUUAAAGGGGCCAGGUAUUGUACCUAUUAAUGGAAGGGUAUCUGGAUUGAAUCAAAAGUGAUUCCUUAUAUUUUCUGUUGAGAAAAUUGUCACAAGUUUCAAAAAUUUUGAUUGUAUAAGUCAGUGAUUCCCAACCUGUGGUCCCCGGACCCCUGGGGGUCUGUGAAGAUAUUACCAUCUCAUUAAACAAGUAAGUUUUUUAAUUCUGCUGUUCUUUUAAUUGCACACUCAGUUACAUAUGUCUUU